GAUGGUUUAUUUAUGAUACUGAGUGGUCUUUAUGGAAUCCUGCUGGUUGUUAUGGGAGCUGUUAUUCCUCUAACAGACACAUUCGUGGAACCUGAAAGCGGCUAUGUAUUUGAGGGAUUUUACAUCUAUCUGUAUUCCGUCAGUAUUGCGUUCCUCAUCUACGUGUACGUGUAUCUACUACGUCGUAACCGUCUGAAAACAGAAUUUUUGACCAGAACGUUGUCGAGAUCUAUGUCUUGGACAAAAGCUUGGGCCAGGUCCUGGGCUAAAGGAGAAGCAGCCGAUGGAAAGAACAAACGAAGGCGCCAUAUUUCGAUGGAUACUAACCAUCAUACAGGCAGUUUUUAUCUCCGAUUAGGAGCAGUUGGGUUUGGUAUCGGCAGUAUGAUUCACUCCGGUCUGCAUUUCGGUCAGUACUUCCAGGUGUACGACGGUCCCGCUUAUUGUACAGAUCUGAUUCAGGCGUUUAAACCUCUCCUUCAUCUCAUGUUUACUUUUAUUCAACUCUAUCUCAUCUUUAUGAAUUCCAAGCUGCGGAUUCACAGAUACCGAACGCUAGCACGAUUUGGAUUAAUGCACAUGUGUGCGACCAACAUCUGCGUCUGGUUCCGCAGCAUCGUGGUGGAAACGUUACACGUCAUUCACCAACAGCAUGACGAACAUCAUGACGUCACUGGACAUUCCAUACACGAGGUACAAGUGUUUACCAAUGGAUAUAGCGCCAACGAAACUACGUACAACAGCUCGGGCUUCCAUGGCCGAAAGUUACAUGCAGUGUCUCUGGGCCAAGGUACUGGAAACAAUUCAUGUCGCUGGUCGGACAUGAUGGGACGGGCUGUAGAAUCAGCUGGACCGUAUCUCUACCCCUGUACCAUUGAAUACAGUCUGAUGUGUGCUGGUAUCCUGUACGUAAUGUGGACAAAUGUAGGAGAAAGACAGAAUAAAGUUCGAACCGAUUCAGACGCCGAAGAGGAAGAAGAAGAUCUCAGAUCACACCAAAGAAUGAGCGUUGAUUGCGCUGGAUCCAGUCGCGGAUUGUUCCUUGGAAUCCUUAUAACGGUCGGUGUGAUCAUCUCCAUCAUCGCCUUUUAUGUCUUGAUCAAUCAGAGAAAUCAGCCACUUCAUCUGUCCGCCAUUGUUCUCACCCACAUGUCGGAGACCAUCGUCUAUUUGGUGACCACCAUCGCCCUCUGUCUAGCGGUCAUGAGAAUGAAAGAACUCCACUUCCACGCUGAACGGAAAUCAGACCUUGAAGACACCCUUAUUCUGAUUUCUUACACCGGUCUUUUGGGAUUCGCCACUUUCAGUUUGACGGCUGCUUUCAUGAGAGCUUCUGACGUCAGAAGCUGGUUGACGAUGAUAUCCAGUUUAGCUAUGGUUAUCCAGGCCACGCUGCAGACGAUAUUUAUUUUGUGCGGAGAUCGACUAUCGGCUGCGUCAUCGUCACAAGAAAGGAAGAAACCAGGACGAGAAUUUGUGACCUUUUUGUUGCUAAGUAACUUUGCCAUGUGGGCACUGAACACUUUUGAAACCCAAACUCCCGAACACAACCCUAUUCAGGUUGAGGUUUACGGGCAUGAUGCUUGGGCCAUCUUUACCCACGUGUCCGUACCCCUGGGCAUUUACUUCCGGUUCCAUUCAACUGUCUGUCUCUCAAAUAUAUGGAAAAAUGCAUGGAAGGUGAGGAAACAUAUGUAAAUAGUUUAUUAUGUUGUACGAUAUAGUGGAGUAGGCCUUGACAUGGACAAUGGGCAUUGGACGAAGAAUUUGUAUAUAGGCCUGAACAUAAUGGUAGGGGAAGAGGACCUUCAUGGUACGACAGGGGCUUGAAAAACUAUUACCCCAAGAAAAUAAACGUCUGAUACGAUGGUUUGAAAUUGAAGAAAUCCUAUAUUUGUACAUAUUUUUUAUAGUGUAAUAUAUAUACGUAUGUUUUGUAUGAAAUGAAAUGGGGCUUUACGUCUACUAAUAUGCGCUUGUGUGGUAUAAAAGCAGUAAAUUAAUUGGAGAGGUGGGUUGGUGGGGAUUAUCUCCUCUAACUUGUAGCCUCAAUUAGUCUUCAGAGAUUGUCAUGACAAACGAGUAGCUUUAUUGAACAUUAUUGCAACUGGUAAAUUAUAUAUAUACAUUAUGUAAAGCUGUAAAUGGUCCUUAAUAAAGUUCUUAGUUCAAAAUGG